CUCCAUUUUUUAGCAGUCUGUUUGUCCUGGAGAGUUUCUGUCCCCUACAACCUUCUACCUUCACCUCCCUAUUGUCCAUAGUUCCUAUUGUGGAGGACGAAGCAAAGAGUUUAAUUUCAAAGCCCACCAUUUCCCUCUUCAAAUGCCAUGGACUUCAUAACCGAACAAUCCCGCAUUUCUGAUGAUGAUGGAUCUCUAUCUGUUUAAGUUCGGAGAUGAGAGAGCUACUCAGAUUGAAGUGGAAGGCUGGAGUUCAUGCUGUUGUGAUGAUUUCAUUCAAUUCAACGGCAAGUUCUAUGCAGUCGACAAUUUGGGAAGCAGGAUCACUAUCGAGCCUUAUUCUCGAGCUGCAACUCCGGUGACAGGAGAGCUGACAUUUAAAGGGAAGAAGAAGUUCUUAGUUGAAUCAUUUGGGAAACUAUUGCUGGUUGACAUGUUCCGUGCCCCAAAGACUAUACACGGUGAUCACUAUAUAUAGAAAACCUCUCUGGUUUCAGGUGUUUCAGCUGGAUGAAGAAAGGAAGAGAUGGGGUCAAGGGAAAAGCCUGGGAUCUGAGGAAACUGCCUCGUUUUCGCUCAUGAAUCAAUUGGUGAAUAUGGAAAAUUAAGAAGGGACGAAGUAUAUGUGUUCAAUAUGUACAAUCAAAGGGGUUACACCUCUGCAGUAUUUCUGUGGUUAUCUUCAAUUGUUUCAGCCGUCUCUUCUUUCUUUGAUAGCCUAUCUGAGAUAUCCGCUAGUCCAGCGUUCAGGUUGUCAAGUUUGGUGCCCUGGAGCCUUUUUCUUCUGGGCCCUGGGACAGGAAAAUUAUAGAUGUAAUUCACAUGGAGCAGUUGGUGUCAGUUUGACCUAUGUUGUCGCAUAUUUCAAACACUCAACUCUUACUGAUUCUCAUUAUGUAAUCUAGAUUGAUAUUCCCUAAGUUUGAUGUGC